AUGCGGGUGUCACGUGCGCAAGUCGAGCCGGUGUGGAUUGUUUUGUGCCCAGCCAUGGUACUCUCCUACUUCUGUUUCCGCAUUCAGCUUAGUGAACCUUGCUUCUCUUUUGUUGUUGCGGAGACCGUUGGAGUUUUUCUUCAAAUCGUUGAUUGUGACUCUCGGCACACGCAUAAUGGCAAGAUUGUUCCUAGAGCCCUUCCUACUGUCACCUUUGUUGGGGUUGCUGCUCUUGAUCCCGAUCCCGAAUUCACCAUGACUUUCAAAAAUCUAUCUAAGAUGAUUAACUGUCCUUCUCGGCUAAACUUUAUCUAUGAGAAUGGCGCACUGAAGAUCCUGAAUUACAAUUUACGGCACAAUCACUUGCUUUCCCCAGUCGCAAUCCCAAAAGACGAACGUCCCAAGGUUGCCUCAAGGCGGCGUUUUCACCUGAGACAGCUAUGCAGCAAUAACACUCGUAAGAUUUCUGUCCCACAAGCGUUCAUGAGCAACUCUUGGUCAAUGGAGCCGGUGGUGACCGCCCACGUUCCUAAUCAACCCGACCCAUUUUUACGUGGCUCUGCGGAUAGGGAACUACCACAGACCCGGGCACCGAGCAGAUUGCGAGAAUUAAUGUCCUUUUUGAAAGAGGAAGCACUCGGCUAA